AUGCCUGAAUCAUGUGACACUCAUCCACUAAUGAAAGAAAUUCCAGAUAUGUUCCACCCUUACAUCACACAUGUACAAGAUGUCAGGGGUGAUGGAAAUUGCGGAUUCCGAGCAAUAUCUGUUUGUCUUGGUUAUGGCGAAGAUCAAUGGCUCUAUGUUCGACAUCAACUGGUAGACGAGUUAUUGACUUCAUAUGAUGUCUAUGCUAGAGUUUUCACUGAUGGAAUCGAUGAAUUAUGCAAUUCAUUGUGUUUCUCACAAUUGCUUGCACCAGCAGAACACUGGAUGGUUAUGCCUAUGACAGGUGUCCUGAUUGCCAACAGGUUUGGGGUGAUCCUCAAUUAUUUAACCAAGCGAUGUGACAAAACUUUCUUUCCUCUUUGGAGAGGUCCGAAACAUUUUCAAUACCAUCAUGCUAUUACAAUUGCACAUGUAUAUGAUACUCAUAAUGUGAUGGUACAAUUAGAAGGAGACUACCCAAUGCCUACCAUUUCGGCUUAUUGGAUUCGCCAUAGAGCCCCGUCUACAGCUGAAUGGCAAACCAUGUAUAUGUCACGUCUGGAAUUUUAUAGACAACUAAAACCUUGUAAUCUCAAAACACCUGUUAUAACUAUAGAAGAUUAUUGUUGA